AUGAGGUCCUCUGCGGACUUUGCUGUGUCAUCGUUCUCAGUCUUGCAGGGCGUCUCAGCCAUUGCGGUGGUGGCUGUCCGGACUACCAUUUACCGGAUCACACCUAACGCUCUUCGUCGUAUCGGCAAGACAGGGAACAGCGGCGCCUGCAUCCAGUUGAUGACGUCGUCAAUCAACCCCUGCAAGCACGGAGCAUCCGGGCUCGGGGACAAGAUAUAUUCGUAUGAGCAUGUGAACAUGUCGACAGCAACUAUCAAUGUCAUGGACGAUAGUAUAGCUUCUGACUCCGUCGCUACUGAGUACUUGUUCACCGCGUUCGCAAUGAUGAUCUGCUAUGACUACGUUCUUUGUCUGGGACACGAAGUCGAGCUCUUCUGGAACAAGAAAGUUCUCGGUUCUUCGGUUAUCUUCUUCGCCAAUCGUUACAGUCUGCUUGUGUACGGGCUCAGCUGUUUCUUGCAAGUGCACCUAUCAACUACAUCUAUGAGUUGCAAGACGAUUGACCUGAUCUUCUACAUAGCCAACAUGCUGCUCUUUGCUAUUGCACCGAUAUUUGGUGCUUUACGGGCAUAUGCAAUCAGUAAUGGAAACAAAUUGAUCGGGUCCGCCGUGCUGAUGACAGGGAUGGUCCCUACAAUUGUGAAUUUGGACGUACCGACUCUGGCGACUAGGAGCUCGGUCGAGAACGGUCACACCGUUGAUCAGCUUGGUUCUACGGGACGCACUCUUCUGUUCAUGAAUCUUAUGGAGCUUGCUGUCCGCUCAUUGGUCAACGUUUCGACGACUAGUGUAGCGUACACGUCGUUCAUGGCUAUUCCGGUUUCGUCCAUCCUGAUCUCUCACUUCCUCGUCAACUUGCAACAACUAUCGUGUCAGGACUACCAACUUGGUUCACGCCCGGAAACCUCAACAUCACACAACUUCAGCGACCCGGUAUUCAAUUCAAUUGUCGGUAGCAUGGGUGCAGACCUUGAAUUCACAACACUGUCUGCAAGCAUGGAUGCCCCGGAGAACGCCAAUGGAGAGCCCGAAGAAGCACAUCAGAGCACGGACAAACCUGCGGAAGAGAUGUCCGUUCAUGAGGCCUAG